AUGGAUUCGGCGCCGGCGCACGAACUAAAAGUGAUUACUGGCGAACAGCUGGCUACAAUUACUGAUGCCAAAGAAGAGUUCACCAAAAAACCGAAGAAUGACGCGGACGCGUUGGACGCGGUGCUCAGCCAUAUUGGCGACAUGGGGCGCUACCAGAAGUUCCUGUUUAUCGUCAUGAUGCCCUUCGGUAUAUUCUUCGCCUUUAUAUACUUCGUGCAGAUGUUCAUAGCCGCCACACCACAGAACCACUGGUGUGCUAUACCUGAACUCGCUCAUCUGGAAAUGGAAGUCAGACGCAACCUAUCAGCGCCAGGAGCGGCAUCAGGUAAAUGGGAGCGAUGCGUCACAUACGACGUGAACUGGACUCAAGUGCUGGAGACGAUGACCCCGCCCCCUCCUGGCACGCCCACCAUACCCUGCCAACAUGGCUGGGACUUCGAGCUCAAUGAUAUACCUUAUGCCACCGUUGUUAGUGAGAGAGGCUGGGUGUGUGAGCACGCUCAAAAUGUGCCGAUGGCUCAGGCGGUGUUCUUCGCCGGUGCCUUCGUGGGGGGCCUUAUCCUGGGCUGGCUAGCUGAUCACUUUGGAAGAGUACCAGCUGUUAUGGCUGCCAACCUAAUCGGUGGCAUCGGUGGCGUAGCUACAAUCUUCACAAAAGGAGUAUGGGACUUUACUCUCUGCCGGUUCCUAGUGGGCAUGUCCUUCGACAACGCAUUCAUGAUGGUUUAUAUUUUAGUGAUUGAAUACGUGGGAUCUCGGUACCGUACUAUAGUGGCAAACAUGUCUAUUGCGCUGUACUUCGGCAUGGGAUGCCUCUGCCUACCCUGGUUAGCUCUUUGGAUCAGCGAUUGGAGAAUGCUUCUCUGGGUCACCUCCCUGCCAAUGUUACUCGUUGUCUUCGCGCCUUUUGUCCUACCAGAGAGUGUGAGAUGGUAUGUGAGCCGCGGUCGCGUCAACCAGGCGGUGGAGGUCCUUAGAAAAUUCGAGAAGGUCAACGGCACGAAGGUCCCAGAUGAUGUCAUGGAUGAAUUCAUUAUGGCAUCAAACCAAACGAAGGACAGCAAGGAGUCGCUCCUGGUUCUAUUGAAGAGUGCUCCUCUCCGGCUAACGAUGAUCCUCAUGCUGAUAGUCUACAUGAGCUGUUCAGUGAUCUUCGACGGCCUCGUCCGAAUGUCUGAUGCUUUUGGACUCGACUUCUUCAUCAGUUUCACGUUGACUUCAGCCACUGAGAUCCCUUCCGUCACUCUGUUGGCUAUCGUGCUUGAUAGAUGGGGUCGCAGAAAACUCACAGCUGGGCCAUUGGCUAUUGCAGCUAUACUUAUUGGUAUCGCUAUGAUAGUGCCGAAAGGCAUACCACAAGCGUCAAUGGCGAUAAUGGCGCGGUUCUUUAUGAACAUGUCAUACAACGCGGUGAUCCAGUGGGCCACGGAGCUGCUGCCCACUGCGGUGCGAGCCUCGGGCUCCGCCACGCUACACAUGAGCGGCUACAUCAUAUCUAUACUCUCACCGUACAUUGUGUAUUCUGAAAGAAUAUGGACGCUUCUUCCGCUGUUGAUCCUCUGCAUCAUAUCAGUGAUAGGAUCAGGUAUCAGCUUCGUGCUGCCUGAGACCAAGGGCAGACCCAUGCCACAAACUAUGGCGGACGGAGAGCGACUAGUACAGGAACAAUCAUUAUGCGGAAAAGCAGUAGACGACAACGAAGAAAUGGAAUGGAAGAACGAAAAACAAAAGGCUCUUAUUACGUAA